AAAGUGGCGAGCGAAGGGAGGGGGGCCAGAGCGCCCCGGAAGCGGCAGGUUGUUCAAGCACACAAAUCCGGAGGAGAUAAUCCCUGCCUACACUGAGACUUUAUUUUUCCUCGCCCCGCAACCGGACUACAACGCGAUGGCAUUGACCCAAGACUCAGUUUUGUCUUUUUUACUGGAACGAGGGGGCAAAGUGAGGAACGCCGAGCUGCUCGGCCACUUCGGCGCUCUCAUCCACGGCGGCUCGCCCGCAGAAAAGCAUCACAAUAGGGAGCUGUUCAAGAAGUUGGUCAACAGCGUGGCCGUUGUUCGCCAGACGGACGGGGUGAAGUUUGUGGCGGUCAAGAAGCGGUACCAGGACUUUGUGAAAGAUAUGCUGCACGAGACUUUGCCCUCUUCAAACUCGACUUUGCAAAUCGGCCAUCCGGACUUGGAGAAUCGUAACAAUGCGUGCUACCCGUCGCACAUGAAUUUGCAAAGAAGUAAGUCAGACACUGCUCUCAAAGUAUUGAACAUUUGUAGAGAUCAAGUUGGCAGCAGAUCAUCAGGUGCUGUGUUUUCCGUCGUAGCAGUCGCCUCUCCUCCUAAUUACGAGAACCCACAAUCUACAACACAAACUCAUUUUCCAGUUUGCAAAGAAGACAGAGCCUUGCAAAGUUGGAGAAACAGUCACGCGGAUGACCCGGUCAAGACGCAGCCUGACGAAACCGAAUGCUGUGGGUCGGUACCCCUUGACCCUCUGGCUCAUGAGUGGCUGGUGAAAUGCGCCUCCGGGCUAUGGGGGCACGCCCACGCCAUGCUCCUGCAGGACGCCCACCUGGCCCAUAAAAAGGACUUCAUGUCAGGUUUCACGGCACUGCACUGGGCCGCCAAGGACGGUAAUGGCGAGAUGGUCCAAAAACUGAUGGACAUCACCCGGAGGAGAGGGGCACACAUUAACGUCAAUAGCAAAGCCCACGGGGGCUACACACCCCUUCAUAUCGCCGCCAUACACGGUCACACGAAUGUCAUGCUGCUACUGGUGCAGCAUUAUGGAGCGAGUGUCGACGAGAGGGACAACGACGGCAAGAAGGCUCGCCAUUACCUGGGUGCGGGUGUGUCAGAGGAGGUCAGAGCCCUCGUGGGAGGUGUGCGGCAAUCUAAAUACUGGGACAAACCAGAUGACGAGGAUUACCGGGAGCAACCGAAAGGUCUCAACACGAUCAGCAAGCUGUUCCAGCCUCACAGGAAACAGAAGUAUGCAACAUCAGUCACGCACAACUAGUGAUAGUUAGCAGAUUGGUUAUAAAAACUAGUCAGAGCCAGGGGUGGACUGGACUGGACUGGUUCUGGCACUAAAAAUCAGCCCUGACAUUUUAACACCUCCGUAACUGAGAAGUCAUUUUUGUCAAACUAUCCACAGUCAGGGAUUCAUGAAAUUAGACACACAAAAUAUCCAGACCGAGGUUCUACUACACACUACCCAGCGAGUGAGUUGGGAAAACCACUCGAGAUUUUUUUGUGUGUAGUGCAAUCUUUGUCUUCGUUAUGCCGACCUCAGACGAGACGAAUGUAGCCCGAUUUUCAGCCGACAAACUUGUAGACAAAUGUCGUGUCGUGUCUUGAUGUAUCGUAGCCCAUGUAGUGUGACAUACUCAUCGAUUGGUCAUCUGGCAUCUGAGACGCUUCACGACCACGUCUUUUGAUUGAUUCUUCUGCAUUGACCAAUAGGAAGACAGCCACCUCGUACUUAUGAUGAGAGACUGGACGUCGGGCACACAAUCACAAUGUACAUAUUUAAAAAGUGACUUGAACAAAAGGGGAAAUAUUGGAAAGUAUACCUAACAUUUCAUGCUACAUUUGCUAACUGCAAAGCUGAGAGUCGAUUGGUAUAACGUGGUGUCAUUAAAUAAAAUUUGUUACCUCAAGUUCUUUUGGGAAAAGAGACAGUCCAUACCUCCCUCUCCCCAGAAAUGGGUCCAUAGUCUCUUUUUUUAUUUUUUUGCCUUUCCUGAGCAGAGAACACAUGCACAUAAUGCCUCUGUCGACAUCACUUUGACCGCAAGUUGUCCUGCCCCCCGAGAGACCUGCACUGCUGAACUGAUCCUUGAUGGAAGUGUAGUGUGACGUCUCACCACGUCCAAGACGCAGAACGAUAUUUUUCGAGUAAUCUCACAACGCGACCGUUGUGAACAACAAAAAAAGUUGUAUAGUUUGAGAAGGCCUUUAGUAGGAAAACUGCCCUAUACUCGUAGGACAUGUUACUAAUGAGAUAAACUGGUGCACUAGGUGACAAUUGUGGGCUAGUACUUGUAGUACACUAUAAAAUUCUACUAGUUUACA